AUGACGCCACAUUUCCUGGCAAAGAUGGUGGCAUCACCUUAUGCUUCUCCUAGUCCACCGCAGUAUCCAGUGGAAAGAAAGCUGAAAAAGCCCUUGAUGGAAAAACGUCGUCGGGCUCGCAUGAACGAAUGUUUGGAUCAGUUGAAACAUCUCUUACUACACAUUUCACCGAAUCAUCGUACGAAGUUAGAAAAGGCAGAUAUUUUAGAAAUGACGGUUGCUUAUCUCAAUCAGAUGCAACAUCCACCCUCACCCUCUACAUCAUCAUUCGACAACAAUGCUAUUUAUCAGCAAUCUUAUACGGAAGGUUUCACCGUAGCUGCUUCAGCUUGUCUGACUUAUCUGCAGAAUAUUCUACCGCCUAGUGAAUUUGCACCUCAAGCACAACAGUUCAAAAUUGGACUCAUACAGCAUCUUCAGUCUGUGAUGUCGAAUCAUGUGAAUGGAUCGGGUGAAAAUUCAGCACCGGUUCCUUCUCAUCUAGUAGCGUCAUAUCUGCCAACAAAUUUCCAGGCACGAUCACCAUUAACCGGCAGUUACUUAGCAACAAAUUACUUACCAAAUCUACCUUACCCGCGCACUUCUUGCAUUACAUAUCAGCCUAAUACUUCUGGACUUUACGGCACCCCUGUACUGCGUACGGCGGUUUCUACCACCGUUUCAAAAGAUUUGGUACCGCGAUCUAUUGCCGUUGCUGGUCCGCACUCCAGUUUAUCUGGAUUUUGUGGUAACGGUCGGAAAAAAUGCUCUGGGCAUCCAGAAUCGGCGAUAGGAAGUGAAACGAAAGGCAAAAUUAAUGGAUUAGAGGAAGUAGAAACAAUGAAGGAUGUGAAAGUUUGGCGACCAUUUUGA